AUGGGAGCCGGUUACAAGUCUGCACAGAGAAUUUAUCGUCAAGACGUGGUAAAGACGUACACGUUAAGCUGCAAACCUUGCUUGUCGUCAGAUUCAAACAUGAGGUUACUUUUUUUGGGUCUCGUCAUUUUUUGUUUCUCGUCUGUUUUAUCCAAUUCCAUUGAAGGUAAUAGAUCCGAAGACAGUUUGACGGAUGUCUCGGUCAAGGAGGCAAAGAUAUGCAUCAUAUGCGUGACGACCGAUCAAAGCGAAGAAGAGGAAGAACCCAACCCAUCUGAAAUUGGUAGCAUCAACCCGGACGCGGCAACAUCGAAUUUGGAAAGAAGGCAAAAAUGGAAGAAAAAGUGGUUACACAGACGAGAAAAGAAUCGUUUUAUCGAUCACCACCACCACCAUCAUCACCAUCCCCAUCGUUGGAGUAAAAAAGCAAAGCGAAUUGAGGAACGCAAAAAUCGUCUGGCGAACGGCAACAAGAAAUUUUACUCGAAAAUCCAGUACAAGGAACGUUCGUCCCAUACCGACCAGUUGAACGAUGCCAUGGAUAAGAUGCUCACGCUUUUUUCGCAAACAUUGAACAAUGGAAACUCAACAUUUCACUUAAGAUUAAGUAAACCUCAGGAAGAUAUGAAAAUAGUUCCAUGGAUGUUCGUUCAACUCGACAGUAGCGCUGUUUCGGGCGAAAAAAGAAUCACUGGUGGAUCAGAAAACGCCAAUAAACUAGAAACACCCGAAGUGGAAACCGAUAAUGAUGUCGACGAUAACGAAGAUGACGUAAACGCUGAAGGCGACUCUAAAGUAUCUACUGACAUGGAAGAAGAAUCACAAACUUCAGCUGAGGUUAGCAACGCAAAAGAAGGAGCCAAUAAAUCUGCAGACGAUGAUGAUGAUGACGAUGACGACGAGGAAGAUGCAGUUAGCGAAACCUCUGCCAAUGUUAGUUGCGUAGAGAACAACAAUUCGAAACGCUUUAAUCUAAUUUCAAAGCCAUCACCUGUUAUGCUGCCCGACGGUGCCACCGAAUAUUAUGUCAAGUUGCUAAGCCAACAGGAAAUCCAGUGUACAAACGGAUCGUCAGUAGAGCCAUCUACAGGAUUGUCGAAAGUUGAAGGUAAAGACCAAAAGAUGAGCAGAAAGCAAAGGCGAGCUCACGCCCGGCGUUACUCAAGAAAAACAUUUACACGAGUAGAAGGCGUAGAAUUGAUUGAAAGAAGUGGCGAUGUCAUGACCGGUUCAAGGGAGAAUUCGUCUGUUCACGUCGUCGAUGUUCAGUUGCAAAUUGGCCCCUUGACAUUUGUCAUCGAGAAAAAAGCUGCUUAUCCGUUUAAGAAGUCACGCGUUGCAUUUCCUGCGCUGAUGGCUCGACUACGCCUCAAGGUUUUGGAUGGACAGUUGAUGUCAGCAAGGUUCAAGCCCAAGAAAAUCCAACCAAGUGAAGCAGUUGUCAGCCUCCAAUUGGGACAAGAUGAUGAAUUACCCGGCACUGAACAAGUGGUUGCCCGACUUGUAGGUUACCUCAGUCAAGAAACUACAAAUGCUUGGAACACCGGAUACCUUCUCCGCCGUCUCAAAGGCCGAUUUAAGCAACUCUACAUCGGUAAAACAGCACACAAAAAAAUUGAUUUCACCAAUGAAGACGCCAAGGUGCUUGUUAAGCUGCUGCUCGAGUCCACCUCUGAUCAGAAACAGCCUUCAACAGAACACCCAUUGACAGAUGCUCCUGCACAGAAUUUCCAAAAUAGCGAAGUUUUGUCUGAAAUUUCAACAUCAAGGCCACUUAUCCAAUAAUACCAGAAUUUUCCUACAAUCCUGAAAAACUGUUACGAGCCAGCCAAUAAGUUUUUGUUUUAACUAUUACGUUCGUUUAUCGUUGCUUACUCAUAUCACAGACUUCGUAGUCUGUGCUCAUAUGGAUCAGAAAUUCAUGAACCCAAACAGAUGAAAGAGUGUCUUACCCGAGUUUGGAGCCAAUCGAAAAAUACAUGGUUUUCCUUUA